CACUCAGCUUUCUCCAUUACCAGGCCAGUGCGGCAGGCGGACCGCAGGGUGAGGGAAAGAUUUUGGGAAGGACAGUUAGAAAAGUUAAAAAAGAGGAAAAUCAUGACACGAGACAGUGAUCUCAUCGACCGUUCUUUCGCCAUUGAAUGAAACAUCCCUCACCAUGGUUAUCGCGUCACCUGUUAUUUAUCGAUUUUAUAGUCCAGAGAAUUUGAAGAUAUAAUGCCGGGAAACGGAGGAAAACUACUGCAGUCGUCUGGAAUUUCGUGUUUGGAUAUUGAAUCCGACGCUCGGAGAUGCUGCUGGGAUUGUUCUCCAUACGUACAGUUAUUAUAGUAACGUAUUGCGAACGAAGAGUCAGCGUUAUAUAGUUCAGUUCGAUCCGUUAUAUUUCACGUCAUAUUUGGCGCAUUGGAUCUGACCAUGAGAAUGUCAUCCACUGGCGUGAUCUCAUAAUCGGGGACGUGAUGCAGCCACGCGUGGAUGUCAAGAUGGGUGAUGCCGCAGAGAUCAAGGAGAGCAAGAGGACGUUCAUCGUGCCUGCGAUCAAAUCUUUUGAUCACUAUGAUUUCACAAGAGCCAAGAUAUCGUGCAGUUUGACAUGGCUCAUUGCCAAAGCCUUUGGGUCGGACUGUGUACCUGUGGAGCUGGAGGAUCCAUUUUACCGGGACCAGUAUGAACAAGAACAUGUGAAGCCGCCUGUUGUAUCACUGCUCCUGUCUGCAGAGCUGUACUGUCGUGCAGGGAGUCUGAUCCUCAGGAGCGAUACAGCUAAACCUCUACUGGGUCAUAACGCUGUCAUCCAGGCCUUAGCUCAGAAAGGCCUGUACGUCACUGACCAGGAGAGACUAGUGACCGAAAGAGACCUCUGCAAGACCCCCAUACAGAUGACUUCUCACCUGGCCAUGAUUGACACUUUAAUGAUGGCGUACACAGUUGAAAUGGUGAGCGUGGAGAGAGUCCUGACCUGCAUUCAUAAAUUUACACCUUUCAUUCCCGAGGAAGACUUUCCUUAUGAUUCUGAAGAGGCGAUAAUAACAUGGAUCAAUAAGGUUAAUGAACAUCUUCAACACCUUUUGACAGAUCAAAAAGAAACCUGCAAAUCUCAGAAGGGGCAGCUCAAGAGAGAGGACUCUAAAAUUCGACCCACUCUUUGUUUCCCCCUGGUGGACAAUCUACUGAAAGACAAUACAGACGGCUGUGCACUGGCUGUACUUCUGCACUAUUACUGUCCUGAUGCAGUGCCAUGGGAAGACAUCUGUGUGAAAGAAACAAUGUCAUUGGCUGACAGUCUGUACAAUCUUCAGCUGAUCCAAGAGUUCUGCAGAGAAAACCUGAACAACUGCUGUCAUUUCACCCUGGAGGAUAUGCUGUAUGCCUCCAACAGCAUCAAGAGUAACUACCUUGUGUUUAUGGCAGAGCUGUUCUGGUGGUGUGAAGUUGUCAAACCGUCUUUUGUUCAGCCACGUACUGUGAAUACCAAAGUUUCAGACCCAUCACAGACCAAUGACAUGGCUCCCAUAACCAAACAGAACCUUAUUCACAGACCCGACAGUCCAGAUGAAACCAGGUCACAGCCUAAAACUGACAGCUCAGCUGUGAUCAGGCGGCCGUCCUCCAUGUCGUAUGUAGACGGGUGUGUGGGGACAUGGCCAAAAGAGAAGCGGUCUACAGCUCAUGGCAUUUCGUUUGAGAUUCCAUUCGACGACAACGAGAGUCCGUCUUCAGGUCGUGCACUGAGCCGAUCGGCGAGCACUGAAGGUUUAGGUUUUAAAGUUCACCACGCUGCCCGAGGCAUGCGGAAAAACUUGUCAUUCCAGCCUGUUAAUGGAAACGCACACGGUAACUUACAUCAAGAAGAUGAUGAGGAUCCAAGCAGACGCCCUGCCAAACAGAGACUGGGAAACCACACUGGGUACUCAAACGGUUUGUUGGCAGAUGAUGACCGCAGCCCUCCGUAUGACCAUUGUCCUCAACCCAGCACCCCUAGCAUAGAAGAAGCCCUGAAGAUCAUCCACGACUCCGAGCGACCCCACAGCAGCAUGCAACCCCCACCAGAUGAAAGCACAUUUUUCCUCCAUGACCCAUCUUCCCGCAACCCCGCCGCUGACCCGAACCACUCUGAGGACUCUCUCUCCAAAGCCCGGCCAGAUGACAUGGACCUAAACUCCGCCUCUACCGACAUGGAUACAGGAAUCCACGUCCGGACGGAGGAUAUUCAAGACGGACAAGAUGAGGAUUCCUCUUUGAAGGAUUACUCAGAUAUGGACCAGGACUACGAGGCUCGUUCGUGUCCCCUUCCGGACAUGGCCGGUAGUCCGUGCCCGACCCUUUUAGGAAUGAGGUCUUUGGCCACCAGUAUCGCCUCCUCGCUUGGUCCCGCAGUGCGUAUGACCAGUUUUGCCGAGCAAAAGUUUCGUAAGCGAUGCGAUGGGCGCAGCAGCAGUAGUGGUGGUAACACGCCCGAAGGUGCUGAGAUGAACGCAGGAGCCACCAGCUCGGUUACACCAGAUGCAUGCAGCCCUGCUCGGGUCACUUCGCCUCGUGACCCCUCCCACUUGCUGGCAUCAGAGAUGGUGCAGCUAAAAAUGAAACUGGAGGAGAAACGCAGGGCCAUCGAAGCUCAGAAGAAGAAGGUUGAAGCUGCUUUUACACGUCACAGACAGCGAAUGGGCCGGACAGCGUUUCUCAACGUGGUCAGACGUAAAGGAGUUGUGUCACCACUAGUGAGUCACAACGAUGCUCCGGAUGACCAAGAAAAGCAGACCAUCGACCCACAACCCCCAAAGACGCCUUCAAGUUCAAAUGAAUCUGAUUGUAGACUUGAAAGGUGUAGACCAGACGGCGCACCACCGAAAUCUCCUCUGGAGGAGGCGGGCGUGGAGGUGGAUCUGACUGAGUACACGCGAUCCAUCGAGCGUCUGAACACGUCUCUGAACUUCCUGCAGACCGAGAUGCAGCGAUUGGCCCAGCAGCAGGAACGUAUCAUGCAGAUGAGUGAACAUCAAAGCUGGGUAAUCUCUCCACCAGAUCCCUCGCCACGGAAACAAUUUCGAGAGUUGCGCAGCAGCAGCGUGGUGGGACGGGGCUCAGUGGGCUCACUGUCACCCAUCCUGUCAUCCACCGGCUCGCCACAUACUACGCACCGAUCACCUUCUGCCAUCAAAAGGAAGUCUGCGUCCUUCCACGCCAGGACACCUCGAACGCCACGUCCCAAUGAGCUGAAGGUCACCCCCUUUAGCCGCAUGCUCAACACCCAACAGUCGGUGGACAGCCUGCCUCGACUCAGACGCGCAUUGCCGAGCCAGAUGCAAACCACCUCGUUUGCCUACUUGGGACACGAUGAAGGUCCUUCAAGCGAGAAGCCACAGAAUCAAGAUUCCAAAGACAAGCAGAUGUCUGGACACGUGAACGAGAAGCAGGGUGAGGAAAAACAGGGAGAUGGUGAAAACAAGAAGGUGAAACAUAAAGAUGAACUUAAGAAUGUCGCAACGUCUGAUGUUCUUUCUCAGCCGAUAAUGGCGGUCUCGGCCACCGGGAACGCCAAUCAAGAAGAUUUAGGAAAGAAGGCUCUGAUUGAGGUUCCCCUCUCAGAACUUAAGCCUUUGGAAGGACAUGAUGUGGAGAACAGUAAAGAAACAGAAACUGGACUAGAACCCAGACCAGACCAGAAGAUGUGCUGUGGUUUCUUCUACAGGGAUGACCAGAAGGGGGAGGAUGACAUUGCUCAAAAAAAAGCUGCUUUAUUGGAGAAAAGGCUGCGGAGGGAGAAAGAGAUGCACAUCAAGAAACAACAACAGGAGACUGAGAUAGAGCAGAAGAAAGGAUCAGCGCGAAUUAAAACGGAAGAGGAUCAACAGAAGAAGGAGGAUGACAAGGAAAGGCGAGACUUUAUUAAAAACGAGUAUAUGAGGAAGAAGCAGCUCAAACUGAUGGAUGACAUGGAUAGUGUUAUUAAGCCCCGCACCCCAAGUGUCAAGCAAAAGAAGCCACGCCCCAAAUCUAUGCACAGGGACAUAAUGGAGUCUCCAAAAUUUCCAGCGCGGACUGCAACAGGGUCACGGCCACGUGGAUACUCUGUGUCCAGCUUGUCACUCGCCUCCCUUAACUUGGCAGACAAUGAGAGCAUCCAGUCAGAUAAGAGAACAUCCAGGCCUGACUCUGCAGAGGGCUGCUUGUCACCGUGUCCGUCGGUCGGUGGUAAUGGAGAGAACUGGGAGCUGGAGUCAACGACAUCAUCUGCAGCAUCAAACACAGAGUAUACAGGGCCAAAGUUGUACAAGGAGCCCAGUGCUAGGUCAAAUAAAUACAUCAUCCAGAAUGCACUGGCUCACUGCUGCCUCGCAGGCCGUGUCAAUGAAGGACAGAAGAACAAGAUCCUGGAGGAAAUGGAGAAAACACAAGACAACAACUUCCUGAUUUUGUUCCGGGACUCUGGCUGUCAGUUUCGCUCUCUGUACACAUAUUACCCAGAGGCGGAGGAGAUCAACAAGCUAGCUGGCAUCGGGCCCAAGACCAUCACUCCCAAAAUGAUUGAGAAUCUUUUUAAAUACAGCUCGGACAAGAAACAGUUUAGCAAAAUACCCGCCAAGACCAUGUCGGCUAGCGUAGAUGCCAUCACCAUCUACGACCACCUCUGGCAGAACAAGAAACAGAACACACCCAAGAAACUUUUUAAAUAAGGGACGGAUACCGGGAACUUUGAAUUGUUCCUUCCUUGUGGUGCAACCUGAAUGUAGAGAAAACACUUUUGCAAGCUUUUACUUCAUUUUUAUGUUAAACUUUUGUGGCCUUAUGCUUGUCUUGUCGCGUCUCUUUUGCUACAGUAUGCUUACAGCACAGUUAUUGAGUUUAUGAGCAUUGCAUUGUAUGAAGAUACAUGUCGCCCCUCUAGGUGUAAGAGACCAUUAGGGACGUGUCACACUUGAAGACUAACUUCUCUGAAGGUCAUGCAGUUCUAUGGCAGUAUUUCAUGUACUGGAACCUCAGAAACUCACUGUGUUAUUUAAUGUCUGAGUUUGUUUAUAUUUCGGAUAAGAUUUGUAAUGCUUGUUGCACAAUUACUUCUAGUUCGGAGGAACGUGUGUGUGUACAUGUAUCUAAACACAUUAGCUUUAGAAAUAUAAAAUACAUUCCUAGAUAAAUUGCUAUCACUUGUAGUAUCUCUGCCUAAAAUGUUUGAAAUAUGCAUCUUAGAAUUACAGUCAAGUUUAUUUGGCUGUUUAAGUAAAGGGGAGACAUUAUUGAUUAUCAAAAAAUGAAGCUUUUGGUGCAUAUUAUUGGUAAAUAAUGUCGUUACUCAUUUUUAAUUAUAAAGUGCAUUUUAAUGAGCUGGGACAUUUUGACGGGCUGUUGUCUGGUGAUGUGUUGUCUCCAGAUGGAAAAGAAUUGCAAGACAUUUGUUAUUUUUACUAAGUGAAGUAAAUCAUCGUUUGAAUUUAUUGAUGCUGUACAGAUAUAGUUUUUCAUACUAAGCCUAUUUUUUAAGCCAUUGAAUAUUAAUAUUUUUCAUAUGAACAGAUGAUGUUUAAUAGGUCUAAGUAUGGGUAAUUCCUAUCAGUGAGCGAUCUCUGAGUGAUGAAAGCAGAAGAAAAUGAGAGCUGUUUGUUUUUACAUGAUGUUUAAUCUUUUUGCAGGUCACGUCCGCUUUGUCCAUCAUACGCUUUUGUCUGUUUGUAUUUGAAUGUUAACCUCAACAUAAAUACAGAUUUACAUCUCAAAGUC